AUGAGCCAGGUUUCUUUUUUGGAACGGGAACUGACACGGAGAUUGGAGCUGAAAGAGCGCGUUGUGAACAAAGCUGUCGAGACGGUGCAACCAGAGGUUAUGGUACUUGUCUGCGGUGUCAACACGCUGGCUAGAGAUCCACUGGGAGGGUUUAAUCUAACGAUUGACGGCAUUUGUGACUGCGUUGAGUGUGUCAUGGGACUGCAGCUACCUGUCUUGUGUCUUGGUGCUGGAGGUCAUAGUGGAGCGGAUGCUAGCAAGCCUUUUGUUGUUGUUGCCGCGACUGUGAUCGCUCAGCGUCAAAAUCUUCCCGAGACGAUCCCUGAACACGAUUUCUAUGAAGAGUAUUUGCCCAGCAUGUGGCCUCUCCACGACGCCAGCAGCCCCCUUCUAAAUCUCAACACGGCGGAAUCCAUACGCAAGAUGGAGGACUUCGUCUUCAAGAGUCUGGAACAGGUGGCUUCAGUUUGACAGAACAGAAUCCAGCGAGUACUUAAGAAGCGUUCUCGUGUUUAACCAGAAUUGAUGCAACGCAGUUAGGUUCUUGAUGCUCCCACCCAUGAACUCGGACAUAUCAAGCCCCCAUACAUGUUACAUCUGCGCCGUCAUGGAUCGUUGGACUUAUGAGUACACUUUUACAUCGAGGCGGCUGCACCCGAACAUGACGUAUGGCUUCUCGCUUAUGCUGUCGC